GAUUCAUUCUGUUUGUGCAACGGAACAUGGAUGCACUGUACGCAGAUUCCUCAACAUCAUUAAAGUACAGUAUAUUCAUGCUAGUUUCUUCAUUUAAACUAACACUUGAUCAUUUUAUAUACAUACAAAUAUACAAUACACACACAGUGCCGUUUGCGUGAGAGCUCAUACUUUGACUCCCUCUCUCUCCGACCUCCCACUCUCUCUCUCUCUCUAUUUCAUCUUUUUUUGUAUCUCUCUCUCCCAUCUCUCUCUGUAUAUAAUCUCUCUCUCUCCAUCUCUCUCUGUAUACCAUCUCUCUCUCACACACACAAUGACUAUGGAGGAGCACGGGAGAGAACUGAAUUGGAGGCAAGUAGCAAACUCUCUACAAUUAGUUGCGGCACACGCCUUGCUCUUCUCCUUCACUGUUUUGCUUGUUCUUAACCUAACCAACGACGUCGCGUCUUUCUCUUGGUGGGUUGUUUUUACCCCCCUCUGGUUAUUUCAUGUUGUUGUUGCACGUAGCAGGUUCUCAAUACCUGCCCCACUUUUCCCUUGUGAUCGUUAUUGGGCACCAUUUCACUCCAUUGUGGCAACUCCGCUGCUUGUUGCUUUUGAAUUACUCCUCUGUAUAUAUCUGGGAGGCAGUUAUGGUCUAAACUUGAAGAUUGUUUUUUCUCCCUUGCUGGCUCUUGAAACAGCGAUUUUCAUAGAUAAUGUUAGAAUGUUCAAGGCUUUACUUCCUGGUGAUGAGGUUACCGUGGCUGAUGCUGCAAUAUUAAAGGCCCUUCCUCACCUUUGGAUUGCCUUCUCCAUGAUCUUCUUCAUUGCUGCAACAACAUUCACACUUUUAAAGCUAUGCGAUGAGUCGGAGCUUAUUUUUUGGUGGGAAAUAUUUCUAAAUUACGGAUUUGCUCAGUUGUUUGCUUUUUUUACUUGCACAAAUUGGCAUAAUCCUUUAAUACACAGACAUUCUCAGUAUAGCACAACCAAUUCAAAUUUUGCAAUUUCUGGAUAUCUUGAUUGUUAUUCCGGCUUGGAUAUUACUUCAACUGAAGGGGAUGAGCAGAGUAGAAGACGCAGUUUGCAGGAUAUUGGUGGUCAUAUUAUGAAAGUUCCACUGAUCGUGUUUCAGAUCCUUCUAUUUAUUCGAUUACAGCUGUCUUUCUCUAGACACUUCUCGGUGCCAUUUGUCUUUUCUCCUCUUUUGUUGCUUCAAGGAGCUGGAUUAGUCUUUGCUGUAUAUAGACUUGUGGAAAAUAUCAUACUUAUACUACAUAGGGGAGAUGGUUCACCAGAUUUUUUAAAAAAAUCUUCAAAAGCCGAUGAUUUAUUUGCAUUUAUGCACCAUGGAUCAAGGUUACUGGGCUGGUGGUCAAUUGAUGAAGGAAGUAAAGAGGAACAUGCUAGACUUUACUCUGCUGGAUUAUCUGGGUACAGUACAUUCUCACCUGAUACCGUCAAGAAAAUGUCUAAAGCAAGCCUUGCUGAGGAAAUUUCAAAACUACAAGCAGCACUUGGUGAGCAAAUAGAGAUCAGGAAAUUCAGUCAAGAGGAGUACGAGAGACUUCAAAAUCAGGAAAAAAUUCUAUGUCAAGUUUGCUUUGAAGAGCAGAUAAAUGUGGUUCUGCUCCCGUGCAGGCAUCGCAUCCUUUGCAGAUCUUGUUGCCAGAGGUGUAAAAGGUGCCCCAUUUGCCGCAUUUAUAUUGCACAGCGCCUGUGUGUAGAUGAAGUUUAGCCGUAUGUAUCUAUAAUUCAAACAAAUUUGAGGAUCAGCAAUCUAUAGGAGGAAAAUCUACUAUGGCAGUGACAAUGCCUAGUCAGCUCCUCAUUCAGAAUAUAUAAAUUUGUCAGUGCAUACAACAUAAAGUGUUGUAAAAUGGAAGCUAAGGAACAACAUUGACACUUGCAGUCUUGAUUUGGGACUACAGUUGCUUUGCAUCAACACAGUAUUGAUAUUCGGGCUUUUCAGUGUGUAUAUUGUACAGGGACACAACAAUAACCACUUUUUAACUAGGUGACAAAUGAAAUUUUACAA